UUCUACUGAACUCGCCUAUAGUUCCAGGGUCACCACUGACGCGGUCCUGUGUGUUUUUCUUCAGCUAGUUCCUAUGAAAACCACGGAGGUCAUAUAGUGGCUGGAAAGGGAUUUGGACUGAAUGAGGACAUUCAGCCCAUUGAGUCAAUGCUGGCUCAUAGUAGAGCAAACCUACCAGUCCCAUUCCCCAAAGCUUCUCUCACAACCGUCUAUCCGACGCCCUGUUGAAGGCACUGAUUGACUCUGAUUCCAUCUCCCCUACAGGCAGUCACCUCCAGACCUUAACUAUCCUCUGUAGAAUAUUUCAUCCCUCACAUUACCCUUGUAUCCUUUGGCCACAAUUUUACUCCAUGGUCCUUGAGCUAUCUGCUAAGGAGAACACCCUUCCUGCAAAUGCCCCAUCUGAACCAGUCCUCUAUUAAAAUUCCACUCAAAAUUGCAACUACAGCUUUAAGAUGGCACUUUAAUAUAAUACAUCACAGCAGACCCCUGGGUGUAAAAGAGUGCCCAUUGGGUGAAGGCUGAUGCCCCUACCACAGUUGAAUUGUCUGCCUAUACACACUGCCUCGAUGGGCACGCCGAAGCUCGGAACAGUGGAGAGUGUCCGAUGCUGGUGAAGUGUACUCCAGCAGGCAGCCGGAGUUGUAACCUCCUUGUGUCCUUCCCAACCUUGAGACCUUCCACUUGCCUUUCCAGGCAAUGGGAUGUAUUUGACACAGAGUCCCUGUUGCGAUGUGCAGACAAGCCCUCACUCCAUGCCCUUUGCUACACCCCUGAGCUGUACACCAACACCUCUGAUUGCUCCCCUGGUUGGACUUCAAGGAGCUGUUGCUUGUGGAUCGUUCUCUCCACCUCCUUCCUCCCAUUGCAGAAUCCCCAAGGCGGAUUUUGCACUGAAAUGGGGAUCAUAGUCAUAGAGCCAUACGGCCCGGAAACAGGCCCUUCGGCCCAACUUGUCCAUGCUGACCAAAGGUGCUCACCUGAGCUGGUCCCAUUUGGACCUUCUCCCUCUAAACCUUUCCUAUCCGUGUACCUGUCCAAGUGUCUUUUAAACACUAUAAUUGUAGAAGAAUGAGGGGAGAUUUGAUAGAGGUUUACAAAAUUAUGAGGAGCAUAGACAGAGUUAAUGCGAGUAGGUUCUUUUCACCUAGAUUAGGAGAGAUAAGUAUGAGAGGACAUGGCUUUAGGGUGAAAGGGGAAAGGUUUAGUGGGAACUUCUUCACUCAGAGAGUGGUGGGAGUGUGGAACGAGCUGCCAUCUAACGUGGUAAAUGCGGGCUCACUCUUGAGUUUUAAGAAUAAAUUGGAUAGAUACAUGGACAAGAGAGGUCUGGAGGGUUAUGGACUGGGUGCAGGUCAAUGGGACUAGCGGAAUAAAGUUUCAGCACAGACUAGAAGGGCCGAAUGGCCUGUUUUCUGUGCUGUAGUGUUCUACGGUUCUAUGUACCCACCUCUACCACUUCCUCUGGCAACUUGUUCCAUACACCCACUACCCUCUGUGUGAAAAGCUUUGGUUAGGAGGUACAACAGUUGGACUGUUCGGACCAGGGCCACUGCUGAAGGUCCCCAAGUUCAACUCCAACCCACACCCUCCCGUUAAUUGGCCACUUCCACCUGAUGUUGCUUGGUGGCUUGACUAAAAAACACCCAAAUCAAAGUCUAAGAUCACAGGGCUGGGUCAGUGUUGGUCCUGGAUUGAGAUGUAAUCAGCCAGGUUAUUGGGACAUGUCCAGGUGAACUCAAGCCUGCCAGGCUGAUUAUCACUUAAAAUAAUUUAAAUGCCUUGCAUUUUUGGAACACAUUUUGAUACACCCCAGCGCGUUUACAGGCAUUGAAAUACUUUCUGAAGCUGUCGUCCGAUCGGCAGAGAGUUUGUCCACAUCAAGCUCCCUUGAGCAGAAUUGCAAUAAUGUCCAGAUAAUCCCUUUCAUUCCCACUGGCUGAGGGUAACUAUUGGCCAGAACACCUCCCCUCUCCUCCCCAUUGCCGCUCUGAGGUAUAUUUACAUCCAACAGACAGGGUCUUGGUUUAACACUGCAGUGGGAGGGGCCAAUCUCUUCAGUGGGCCUUGAAGCAGGGGAGCGGGGUCCAGGAACCAGGAGAGCGGAAUGGGUGGUGUGCUAGGGAUUGGAGGGUGAGGUGGGGGUGUGGUAGCAGGAUGGGAGUGGGAUGGAGGAACAGAUCACUCCAUUUAGGACUACUGGGGUGGAGGUCACAGGCGAGGACACGUAUGAGCUUGCUAAAGCUGCAGGAACAUUUGGAAACUGGUGCCACAACGCUGAACCUACAGCGCCAAACCAGCCAUUCCAACCGACACUUCUACAGUGUAUUCAUUGACAACCCAGCAUCAGCUGCAGGAAACAAAUCCUAUUUUACAGGCUGAGGAAACAGGAACCAUAGCAACUGCUCUGAGGUUGUUCGGAUCACCCUCACACCCUCGGCCAUUCUGCCUGAGCGCUGACCAUCCCAGGAGCUCCCAGACGCACCCAUGGUUUUUGGCAGGAUUGCACAGGCAUGUCACAGGCUCGAUUCCUCAUCCUCCUCGUAGCACUGUCCAUGAACUUUCAGAGGGCAUCAGUUGUCAUCCUGGAGAACACCUUGGAAAAGUGGCAGAGAUAUUCUGACGCCUGUUUCCGAAACAUGUCCAGGGACUCCCAGCCGAAAGGUGUGGUGUGUAAUCGGACCUUUGAUAAGUACGCCUGCUGGCCUGAUGGCCUACCAAAUACCACUGUGAAUGUCUCCUGUCCCUGGUACUUGCCAUGGUACCAUGCAGUGCAGGGCGGCUUUGUGUUCAGGAAGUGUGGGCCUGACGGUCAGUGGGUGAUGGACUCUGUGAAACAGCCCUGGAGGGAUAGCAGCCAGUGCAGAAAUGACCCCAAGGAUGACCGAGCUCAGCAGGAACAGGGUAGGAUUCUGGAUGGUUUCAUAGUUAUGUACACUGUCGGAUUCUCACUGUCUCUGGGAACCCUAGUGUUGGCACUGGGAAUUCUCGUGGGAUUCAGAAAACUUCACUGCAUGAGGAACUACAUCCACAUGAACCUGUUUGCCUCGUUUAUUCUGCGAGCAACGUCGAUCCUCAUUAAAGAUGCUCUUUUCAAAACACAAUACAACCAGAUCCCCGAGGACGUUGACAUUAAAGUCUGGUUUAACAACGAGACGGCUGCGGGGUGUCGGACUGCCCAGGUGCUCAUGCAGUACUGCGUUGGGGCCAAUUACUACUGGCUGCUGAUCGAAGGGAUCUACUUGCACAACCUGCUAGUGCUCACCGUUUUCUCCGAGAGGAAUUACUUUAAUAUUUAUUUAUGUAUUGGCUGGGGGUCACCGGUGUUGUUCGUUGUUCCUUGGGUGGUCAUUAAAUAUUUAUAUGAAAACACUGGGUGUUGGACAACGAACGAAAACAUGGCCUACUGGUGGAUCAUUCGUACACCCAUCCUCUUCUCCAUUCUGAUCAACUUUUUCAUUUUUAUCCGAAUUAUUCAUAUACUGGUGUCCAAGCUCAGAGCUCACCAGAUGAGAUACACUGAUUACAAGUUCAGGUUGGCCAAGUCCACACUCACGCUUAUUCCCCUUCUGGGGAUUCACGAGGUGGUGUUUGCCUUCGUCACGGACGAGCACGCCCAGGGCACGCUGCGACACGUCAAGCUCUUCUUCGAGCUCUUCUUGAAUUCCUUUCAGGGUAUGCUGGUUGCCAUUUUGUACUGCUUUGUCAACAGAGAGGUGCAGUCGGAGCUGCUGAAGAAGUGGAAGAGGUGGAAACUGGGCAAGGACCUGGAUGACGAGCAUCGCCACACCUACAGCCAGCCUCCCCAGGUCCGCAGCGGCAGCGGCAGCCUGGAGAAGCACAACCUGGUGGGCGGCUGGCCGAACGGCGCGGGUGAGAGCGGCCCCGGGGCGCCGGCCGCUCCCCGCGGCGCCCAGCACACCGAGCCCGGCUCCCAGCACCAGCUCCACUGCUUCCAGUUCCCGCGGGGGGCCGACCACAAGGCGCUGUGCCUGAUGGAGAGCAACUGUUAGUGGGGGCGAGUGGGAGGGAGGCUGAGGCAGGGUUUCGGAGGGUCUCCCCCCUUCCUGGCCGGGCGUCCGUCCCUGAGCCUGGCUCCUGACGACGCCUUGCUCUUGGAGUGUGGCUGGUCUCAGUGGAAGGACACUGUGGCACCGAUCUAAAGCAGUGGGAGCAGCACUCUGAAGGGGACCUGAAAUACCACCCCCCCCCAAAAAAAAACAGAACAACGUGGGCAGCUAGUGGGACCAUAGACACAGUGGCUUCACCUACAAUCCUGCCCUCGCUCUCCGAUCUUCUCUGUACAGCCCUGUGAGAUACCAGCCAAGUUAUGGUGUACAGGAUUGGUGCAGAGUUGAACUCGUAUUGAACCUGCUCUGGUGACCCGCGGUCAGGAGAACAGGGUUCCCCACCCUGCUGUAUCCUGCCUGUUAUAUACCUCAGGGUUGCGGAGAAGCAAGGUCAACCGGCCAUUAAAAAAACCCUUCACCCGAUGUCAGGAUUUCGACGGUGCUGGUGGAUUUGGGUUUAGAUGUCUUGUGGACUUUUCCUCUUGUAUCUCCAGGUCCCUGCACCCUUCCCUCACUCAGAGCGAGGUUUGUCCUGAGUACCCAGCAAGUUAAAGGUGCCCGUGAAACCAGGGAGUUUGGUGUAAUAUCGCUUAAGGUGUGCACCCACACUGGUGUCUCAGCAUAUCUUUUCAGAGCUGUGGUGUGAGGCACCAGGAGUGACAUCCGUGGUACAGUUCGACCAAGGUCCUCGAUCGACAAAAGGUCUGCUUUCAGAAGCGUCACUUCUCAGAUCCCCCUUCCCGAACCCGCCCAGUCCCCAGUGAUUGGGGGCCCUGUGGGGUUAGUGAAUGGGUGGGGAAUGGGCUGUCCGGUCCUGCACUGACUGUGAGUGGACAUCACAGUAAGAAUCAAAGGCAGGUGUCUAUGUUUAGUGUUUAUUGAUGUGAUAAAUAUUGAAUAAGGUGAGAUGUGACCAUUGUUAACAAAGCCAGCAUCGAGUGGUCAUCCCGGUUGCCCUUGAGGAGGCGCCUGCUUGAACCACUGUGCUCCGUGUGGUGAAGGUGCAGUGCGAUGAGGGAAUUUCAGGAUUUGGACCUCGUGAUGACGAAGGAAUGGCAGCAUAAUUCCCAAGUCAGGCUAGUGUGGCAGAGGGGGUGGUGUUGUGGAGGGGGUGGUGUUGUGGAGGGAGUGGUGUUGUUGGUGUUGUGGAGGGAGUGAUGUGUCUCUGCACCUUACCCGUUAGUUGGUAGAGACCUCAAUGAAUAACGUAAGAACGGAAUGGAAAAACACAGAGAUUGAGCCACAAACAGUUAAUUCAGUGUAAUACACCUCAGCCAUCCCUUGGGACAGAGCACCUUAUCUCCAGUUUUCUGACUUUGUCUCUUGGACCAAGCAGUGAGGUCUUCAAUCCCUGAUGGAACUCCAGUUGUAGCGGCAGAAGGUUGGAUAGAAAAGUGUGGGAGGACACUCGUGGUCCCCAGCAUAGAUCACUGAGGCCGAAUGGUCUGUCAGUGUUCCAUAGAAGCAAAGUGAGGGGACCAUGCUGUAGCUUCCCCAGCGAGAACCCGCCAUCACGGACCUUGCCCUUCAUUGUCAUUCGGAUACACGGAUGAGGAGGGGAACAGUCUGUCUGCUGAAACACUCUUCCAUUGUGGCUUCUCCCAGCUCUGUUCAGACUCAGUGGGAGCUGCAGAGCAGCCAGGAGCCUGCUUAUGUCACAGCCUUACAGCUCAGAAACAGGUCCCCAACCUGUGCAGGUUAUCAGGUCCCCGUCUAUACUAAUCCCAUUUUCCCAUGGCCUGCUAAACCUUGGCACUUCAAGUUCUGUAAAUUUUUCCUAAAUGUUGUCACAGUGUCCUUCCUCCAGCCCUCAGCCAGUGCGUUCCAGCUUCCAGCCACUCUCUGGGUGAAACAGUUCUUCCCCAGAUCCUCUCGAAGUCUCCUACCCCUUGCCCUAAGCCCAUGCCCUUUGAUUACCUGCUGAAGGGAGAAGUUUCUCACCAUCUACCCUGUCAUAAUUUUCAGUGCCUCAAUCAGCAGACCCCUCAGUUCCAGGAAAAACAAACCCAGCCUGUCCAGUGCCUCCUCAUUGCGGAAGAGCUCCAUCCCAGGGAACAUCCUGGUGAGCCUCCUCUGCACCGUCUCCAGUGCAGUGUGGUGACCAGAACAUCACGCACUACUCCAGAUGGAGCCUCAUAAUAUUUCAUACAGUUUCACCAUGAUCUUUCUGCUCUUGUACUCUACACCUCGGCUAAUGAAGUCGUGUCCCAUCUUAUCCGUCUGUAUUGGUGCCUUCGAGGAUCCUUGGACAUAGACACCAAGGUCCCUCAGUACUUCCUAGGGUCCUAGAGUUCAUUCUGUAAACCCGAGCCACAUUAGUCCUCCCAAAAUACAUCACCUGACAUUUUUUCGGAUUAAAUUCCUUCUGCCAUUGCUCAGCCCAACUUUUCAGCUGGUCAAUAUGGAUCUGUGGCCAGUGAUUACCCUUCUCACUAUUAAUUACACCACCAAUUUUCAUGCCAUCUGCAAACUUACCAGUCAUUCCUCCUACGUUAACAUCUCAGUUGUGAAAUAUAAAUAACAAACAAGGGUCUCAGCGCCGAUCCCUGUGGUACACCACUAGUCACAAGCUUCCAAUCACAGAACAGCCCCCCACCAUCUGCCUCUGCCUCCUACCACCACGCCAACUUUGGAUCCAACUUGCCCUGGAUCCCGUGGGGCUGUAACCUUCUGGGCCAGUCUCCCACGUGGGACCUUGUCAAAUACUUUACUGAAGUCCGUGCACUCGAUGUCACAGCACUACCCUCCUCGAUACACUUUAUCACCUCCUCGAAAAAUUAAAUAAAAUUAGAUGUGGAAGGCCAUUCAGCCCAUUGACUCUUAUGCUGGGUCCCAGACCAAUCCCAUCAGUGUCAAAGCCCCACUUUUUUCCCUGAAGCUUAUUCCUCACACCCACUAAUGCCAGCCACCUACAGUAGGGGUGGAUUUCAGCGAUAGGACCAGCAUUUACUGCCAUCCCCAACUGCCCUGGAAUGAAACACCAUGAGGGUGAUGAAGAGUCAACUACUUGGUCUUGGUCUGGAGUCACAUACAGGUCAGACCAGUUAUGGACGAGAGCAUUCCUUCCCUGACGGACGUUAGUUAACCAGAUUGGACAAAUCUUGUGCUCCUGUUUACCCACAACUUAUUGCAGAUUUACUGAGCUGCUGCUGUGGGAUUUGAACCUGUAUAGCCCAGGGCUCAACAGUAGCCUUUCCUGCAGCCCAUCUUAGACUCUGUUUGGUUUUCCCUCUUGUUGCCUUGGUUUCAAACUCACUGGUCAAUCCCAAUGGGAGAUCAGACAAAUUGUAUUCUCUGGUGAUUAGCAAGGUAAGGGAUAAUUUGAUUGUGGGGAACUGACGGGGUCGAGAGAGGGGAAGUCUUUCUGCAGAUGGGGACGGCCAGGGUCUCGAAGUGAGAGCCAAACCCUCUGGGAGUGAAGCCUCCACACACACACACACACACACACACACACACACACACACACACACAGGGCAGGGAAGGUUUGUAACUCUGUCCUGUAAUCAACAAUUGAUAGAACGUAGAACAGUAGAGCAGGAACAGGCCCUUCAGCCCACAAUGUCUGUGCCUACCAUGAUGCUGAUCUAAACUGAUCCCACCUGCCCACACACGGUCCAUGUCUCUCCAUCCCCUGUCUGUUUAUGUGUCUGUCUAAAUGCCUCUUAAACAUUGCUGUUCAAUCACCACCCUGACAGCCUGUUGGUAUUGGCAUUGGUUUAUUAUUGUCACUUGUACCGAGGUACAGUGAAAAACUUGUCUUGCAAACCGAUCGUACAGAUCAAUUCAUUACACAGUGCAGUUACAUUGAGUUAGUACAGAGUGCAUUGAUGUAGCACAGGUAAAAACAAUAACAGUACAGAGUAAAAUGUCACAGCUACAGAGAAAGUGCAGUGCAAUAAGGUGCAAGGUCACAACAAGGUAGAUCGUGAAGUCAUAGUCCAUCUCAUUGUAUAAGGGAACUGUUCAAUAGUCUUAUCACAGUGGGAUAGAAGCUGUCCUUAAGUCUGGUGGUACGUGCCCUCAGGCUCCUGUAUCUUCUGCCUGAUGGAAGAGGAGAGAAGAGAGAAUGUCCUGGGUGGGAGGGGUCUUUGAUUAUGCUGGCUGCUUCGCCAAGACAAUGAGAGGUAAAGACAGAGUCCAAGGAGGGGAGGCUGGUGUCCGUGACGCGCUGGGCUGUGUCCACAACUCUCUGCAGUUUCUUGCUGUCCUGGGCAGACCAGUUGCCAUACCAAGCCGUGAUGCAUCCAGAUAGGAUGCUUUCUAUGGUGCAUCGAUAAAAGUUGGUGAGAGUCAAAGGGGACAAACCGAAUUUCUUUAACCUCCUGAGGAAGUAGAGGUGAGCUUUCUUGGCGGUGGCAUCUACGUGAUUUGACCAGGACAAGCUUGCAGGCACCCACCACUCUCUGUGUAAAAUUUGUCCUGUACAUUUCUUGUAAACUUUCCCCCUCUCAUCUUAAAGCUGUGCUCUCUUGUACUUGACAUUCCUCCCCUGGGAAAAAAGACUCUCUACCCUGCCCGUGCCCGUCAUAAUCUUAUACACCAUCAGGUCUCCCCUUAGCACCCGACACUCCAGAGAAAACAACCCAAGUUUGUUGGAUUUAACCAUAAAUUCGAUAGGUUUACGAAAACCAUAAGUAACAGGUGUGGGUGCGAAAGGGAGACAGAUGGAGCUGGGACACUGAGCAGCCACAGUCUCACUAGUGGUGAACGAUGACCUCCUCUUGUUCUGUGAUCCGAGACGGGUUGGGGUUGGGUGUUUGGUGGGGGGGGGGGGGGGGGAUGUCAGGGUGGCGGGAGGUGGAAUAUUAGAAGCCCAGCACUACGUCGAAGCAGGAAAGUGGCACCUGCCCAGGGGGAGUGCCCCGGGCUCCCUGAAGUUGGCACCUUGUGUCAACCAAGCACCCACUGGUCUACUGGGUAUGGGGCUUCAGCGCGGUGAGCCCUGGUCCCUGAGGUCCAGGGACCAGGAAACCUUACAGAGACAAGGGACAGAGGGCGAGAAGCUCUCGCCCACUCCCUCCACACCCCACUGUCCCACUCACACUUGGUUUCCCAAAAAUCCAUCGACCGGAUGAAUCCAACGCGGCAGGAGCCGUGCUGAGUCACCCAGGAUGCGUGAAGCUCAGGGUGGAGAUGCCUCCCGCCCUGUGUGGGACCCCAGGAGCUGUUUAUAAAGGACGGUCUUCACCUGCUGACAUCCUCCGGAGGUCAAAGACCCCCCCCCCCCCUCAACAGGGGGAGCUGGGGGGUAGGGAGGGGAGGGGAAUCCUUGCUGUUACUUGUAAUGUGUUUUGCUGUAACCCACAGGUGUAGAAGCAGGGGUGUAGUGUGAGUCCAGUUUGCUAGCAGUCACCACGUGUGUGCUCCUGACCAGCGCUCAGGCAACGUGCUCUGCUUCUCGUUGAUGCCGGCGCUUGUGAUAUGUUCCGUGCAACCGAGGGCGGGGGCUGACCAUCGACACACACACCGGCCCCUUGCACCGGUUCCCCUCUGGUGCAGGAGGGGGGUGGGCACUAUAAAUACGUUCAAUGUCAGCCCUCUCGGCUUCAAUGUUGUAUGAUAACCGUUUGAGUGUAUCAAAUGUGCAAUGAAUUCUGUCUGAAUCAACAGAUGUGUUUAAGAAUAGCCCACAAAAUCUAUGAAUUAUUGAAGCUUAUUUGCACAAUUUAAAUUAUAUAAACGUGUAAAAUAUGUACAUAUGUAUGACAUAAAG